CUAUACUACUUAAACGGCAGCGCUAUGAGUAUGAGUCCCGAUAAUUAUCUCAUUAACUAUGCCUGAUACAAAAAUGUCCCAAGCAGAAAUGGAUUCUACGCAAAACGUAGGCUACAAUAGGAACUGAGAAAGGUUUGGUAGUGACCUUAAUCAGAUCGUUGUAGGUUUUGCCCUGAAUGGAUUGCCAGUUUUACUUUCACUGGUCAGGCAAGCUGGUUAUCUUUUCAUAUAUCAACAAUAAGUGAGAGUAGUAGCCCAAUGAAGCAUUUCAACCACAUACGGAGUACGGAGGUGGCCCAGAGGGUACAGAAAAACCGUAUCUAGAGACAUUCGAAUGUCUGAUGGACUGUGACCUCUACAUGCAUGCGCAUUCUUGCAACAUUUUCACGUGUGCUAGACAUUCUAACUCGCUGUGAAAGAUAGGGAACUGACAGUGAACAGAGGACUUUUAUAAAACUUCUGCUUGCUCCACCCUCAAACAAACACAGUGUGAUAUUUGAGAAAAUCCUUGUGUAAGAAGGUCUGUCAGCAAGUUUGGUAAGCUGUUUUGGCUGGUUACUUCGAGAAGGGCAAUUCGUCUCCUACAGGAAUGGAUGGGGAAUCGACACGGACCGAUUUAGCCGGCAAGAAAAAAUGUGUCGCGGUAGUUGGAGGAGGUUUGGUUGGUGCUUUGAAUGCCUGUUUCCUUGCAAAAAGAGGUUUUCAGGUGCUGCUGUUUGAAUCCAGAGAAGACAUCAGAUGUGCCCGAGAGGUGCGUGGCAGAAGUAUAAACCUGGCCCUCUCUCACCGAGGACGCCAGGCCCUGAAGCAUGUUGGCAUGGAGGAGAAGAUUGUGUCCAAAGGCAUCCCUAUGCAUGCUCGCAUGAUCCAUUCCUUGAGUGGGAAGAGGACUCCAAUUCCCUAUGGAAAAAAAGGCCAGUACAUCCUUUCUGUAGAUAGAGCCAACCUCAACAAGGAAUUGUUAACAGCGGCUGAGGCUUUUCCCAACACCACUCUGAACUUUGGCCGUAAACUGCAGGACUGGAGCAUAGACACAGGGGCGAUGACUUUUCUUGGACCAGAUGGCACCAAGGAACAGUACCAGGCUGAUCUGAUUGUGGGCUGUGAUGGAGCUUUCUCUGCCAUCCGCAAGCAGUUUCUGCGCCAGAGCCGCUUCAACUACAGCCAGACCUACAUCCCCCAUGGCUACAUGGAGCUCACAAUACCUCCCAAAGAUGGAGAUUUCGCCAUGGAGACCAACUACCUCCACAUCUGGCCGAGGAACACCUUCAUGAUGAUUGCCCUUCCAAAUUUAGACAAGACCUUCACCUGCACGCUCUUCAUGCCCUUUGACGAGUUUGAGAAGGUCACCACACCUGACCAGGCCCUGGACUUCUUCCACACGUACUUCCCCGACUCCAUCCCCCUUAUUGGAGUUGAAGCACUUAAGAGAGACUUCUUCCGUCUGCCAGCCCAGGCCAUGGUGUCCGUCAAGUGCUCCCCGUACCACCUGGGCAACAAUUGUGUCCUAAUGGGCGACGCUGCCCAUGCCGUGGUGCCUUUCUAUGGGCAGGGAAUGAAUGCAGGCUUUGAGGACUGCCUUGUUUUUGAUGAAAUAAUGGACCAGUUGAAUGAAGACUUUGAUGCUGUGCUGCCAGAGUAUACCCGUGUCCGAGUGCCCGAUGACCAUGCCAUUGCAGACCUCGCUAUGUACAACUAUGUUGAGAUGCGUGCACAUGUGAAUUCUAAAUGGUUUCGAUUCCGCAAGCAACUUGACAACCUCCUCCACUUCAUUAUGCCAAAGACAAUCAUCCCUCUGUACACAAUGGUCACAUUUACUAGAACCAGGUACCAUGAAGCAAUAAAACGAUGGCAUUGGCAAGACCAGGUGAUAUCCAGAGGGCUGUGGAUCUGUGGCCUGGUUUCAGUGGCUGGGGGGACCUACUUGAUCGUCAAGCAUCCUCCUAAGAGCACCAGUAUCCCCCUGGACCAACUCUGGAACCGCGUGGCGGCUCUCAAGUGGUUCUAAGAAGCCAGGAACAGUGAGUGGGGGGUUCUAAAAAAAGGUGACCUCACCAUCCCCUUGAUGGAUCCAAAGUGACCUACAUUUGCUGUAGGGAUUAAAAGUGGAUGAUUGAUGAGAUGUUGAUAAGAUUAGGGCCUCGAGGGGGCAGCCCUUCAUUGUUUGUGUUGUCGGACUGGUCUUUGUAGAUUUCUAUCAGAGAUAAUUAAACAUCACAGUUCAUUUAUAGGCAUUAGUCGCACAGACCCGCUAGGUCAGUGAGCGAUGCUCACGGACCAACCCCCAUGGGUCAUCACUAUUACGCAGCUGUCCAUUAUGACACGCACACUCAAUGAUACGGCAAGUUGUCAUCAAAAGCUUAUUCAAUCACCUAUAUCUUGGGUGUCGAGACAGUCUAUCAUCACAAUUAACUAUUUAGUUGGUUAAAUUACCUUGUUUAUGAAUAUUGUAUGACACAAUAAUAGAAUAAAGACAAAAAAUGAAAUGGAAAAUUUUCAUAAUGCGCUUGAAACUACUAAAGUGCAAUUACUGUUUUGAAAUAAACGCAUAAUUUUUUGAGAA